AUUCUCCAGCUCUGGCUCUUGCUCCAAGCCGCCUGCCUCUGCCUGGCCCAGCUCCGAGGGCCGCCGGGAGAGCCUGGUCCACGAGGGCCCCCCGGUCCUCCAGGAGUGCCGGGAGCGGAUGGCAUUGACGGUGACAAAGGCUCAGCCGGAGCCCCCGGGUCCCCGGGUCUCAAGGGGGAGCCUGGAGCCCCCGGUCCAGACGGGCCCCCAGGGAAGCCGGGCAUCGACGGCCUGACGGGAGCCAAAGGGGAGCCAGGGCCCAUCGGCGGGCCAGGACUUAAAGGCCAGCCCGGACUCCCAGGGCCACCGGGGCUCCCCGGCCCUUCGCUGCCAGGACCCCCCGGGCUUCCAGGCCAGGUUGGGCUUCCCGGAGAGAUCGGCGCGCUGGGACCCAAGGGCGACCCUGGACCCGAUGGCCCACGGGGUCCCCCAGGCCCUCCAGGGAAACCCGGCCCCCCGGGACACAUCCAAGGACUGGAAGGCAGCGCUGAUUUCUUGUGCCCGACCAGCUGCCCACCAGGGCCCAAGGGCCCCCAGGGACUGCAGGGACUGAAGGGACACAGAGGCCGCCCCGGCGCCCUCGGGGAGCCCGGCAGGCAGGGGCGCCAGGGCCCCAAAGGUGACGUUGGCGUCUCUGGAGAACAAGGUGUCCCAGGCCCUCCGGGACCACAGGGCCUGAGGGGUUACCCUGGGAUGGCAGGACCCAAGGGCGAGACGGGUCCUGCUGGUUACAAGGGGAUGGUCGGGACCAUCGGAGUGGCCGGGCGGCCGGGCAGAGAAGGCCCCAAGGGACCACCUGGGGACCCUGGUGAGAAGGGAGACCUGGGUGGCCGUGGCAUCAGGGGCCCCCAGGGAGACAUCGGCCCCAAGGGGGAGAACGGUCUCCCGGGCAUCGAUGGCAAAGACGGCACCCCAGGAAUCCCAGGCGUGAAGGGUGGCGUGGGACAGGCUGGCCGCCCGGGAACGCCGGGACACCGGGGACAAGCUGGCUUGCCGGGCCAGCCGGGAAGCAAAGGUGGCCCAGGAGAGAAGGGUGAAGCGGGUGCUCGGGGCCAGCCCGGUGUCACCGGUGCCCCGGGGCAGAUCGGUGAGCCUGGCCCUCGGGGUGAGCAGGGACCACCGGGCGUCCCUGGGAUGAAGAGGAGGGCUGGGGAGGCAGGGAAAGGAAUUUCCUCCCAGCCCGGCGAGAGUGGGGAGGCUGGGCCCAAGGGUGAGCAGGGUCCGCCGGGGAUCCCAGGACCCCAAGGUUUGCCAGGAGUCAAAGGAGACAAGGGCUCCCCAGGCAAAACUGGCCCCAAAGGUGGUAUGGGAGACCCGGGCGUUCAUGGCCUCGCAGGGCUCAAGGGAGAGAAGGGUGAAUCGGGCGAGCCAGGGCCAAAGGGGCAGCAAGGCAUCCAGGGCGAGCUUGGCUUCCCCGGCCCCUCAGGGGACGCAGGCGCACCCGGCGUGCGAGGCUACCCGGGACCCCCUGGCCCGCGGGGUCUGCGGGGGCAGAUGGGGACAGGAGGAGCACUGUCCCUUUACGGCAUGCCCCUCUUCUCGCAGGGCCGGGAUGCUGGGGACCAGCACAUCGUCGACGUGGUCCUGAAGAUGCUGCAAGAGCAGCUGGCGGAGGUGGCGGUCAGCGCCAGGAGAGCAGCCCUGGGUGGAGUCGGUGCCAUGGGACCCCCUGGACCCCCCGGUCCCCCAGGGCCACCUGGUGAGCAGGGCCCACACGGACCCAUGGGACCUCGAGGCGUCCCCGGCAUCCUGGGUGCUGCCGGGCAGAUUGGCAACAUAGGACCUAAAGGGAAGCGAGGCGAGAAGGGCGAGCGGGGAGAAGCUGGCCGUGGCCACCCGGGCAUGCCGGGGCCCCCGGGGAUCCCAGCCUCGGCGUACGCCGCCGCACGCCUGACGGAGCCGGGGGCCGUCAAGGGACCCGUCUACUGA